AUGACAGACCCAGGCGCCAUUGUUGUAAGCCGAGAUCGCACCUCGGAGUAUACAGCAUCAUCGGCAUUGUUCGAGGCGCUGUGGGAUGCCGGCGUACGGUAUUGCUUUGUAAAUCUAGGAUCGGAUCAUCCCAGUAUCAUGGAGGCAAUGAUCCAAGGCCAGCGCGAGAGGCCAGACAGGUUUCCUAAGUUCAUCACCUGUCCAAGCGAAAUGGUGGCGCUGUCAAUUGCAGACGGCUACGCUCGUUCCACGGGAAAACCUCAAGCUGUCAUUGUGCACGUCGACGUCGGAACCCAGGCACUCGGCUGCGCCGUACACAAUGCCAGCGUCGGUCGUGUGCCUGUGUUCAUCUUUGCCGGUCUGUCCCCAUGCACUCUAGAAGGCGAAUAUCGUGGGAGUAGAACCGAGUUCAUCCACUGGCUACAAGACGUCCCUGACCAAAAAGCGAUAGUAUCACAAUACUGUCGUUACACAGCCGAUCUGAAAAAGGGAAAGAACAUCAAACAGGUAGUGAAUCGAGCGUUGAGUUUUGCCACAAGCGAUCCCCGAGGUCCAGUUUACUUGCAAGGGGUGCGGGAGGUCAUGGAAGAGGUCAUAGAACCGUACGAGAUACAACAGGAGUUUUGGAGCCCUGUGGAGCUCGGCGGCUUGACACCGAAGCAUCUGGACCUUGUUUGCAAUGUUUUAGUCUCUGCCCAGGAGCCUCUAGUCAUCACGGGCUACAGCGGACGAGAUACCGCCGUGGUAUCAUUGCUUGUAGAGUUGGCAAACAUUGUCAAGGGUUUACGUGUACUCGACACGGGGGGUUCAGACCUCAGCUUUCCUGCAAAUCACCCUGGUUGGCUGAGCGUGAGGUACGGAUCAGACAAGGCUAUCCGCACGGCCGAUGCGAUAUUAGUUGUGGAUUGCGAUGUGCCAUGGAUUAACACGCAGUGCAAACCCGCAGAUGGGACCAAAAUCAUCCAUUUCGAUGUCGACCCUUUGAAACAACAGAUGCCUCUUUUCUAUAUCAAUGCCAUACUGCGUUGUCGAGUCAACACUGCGUUUGCGCUUGACCAAAUCGUCCGACAUCUGAAGACCGAGCUCUCGGAUCAAAUCAGCGCAAACCAGGAGUAUUACGCAAGUCGCUGGUCGGCCCUGCAGGCGUCAUACACGAGAAAGCUAGAAGAGAUAGCUUCACAGGCCGAACCGAACCCGGACGGCUCGUUCGGAUGUGGCUUUCUCAUCUCGCAAGUCCGAAGGGCAUGUCCGAUAGACACUAUCUGGGUCGUCGAAGCUGUCACUAACACAUUCACUGUGGCCGAUCAGCUGCAGGCAACAUUGCCGGCAAGCGUGUUCAGUGCCGGCGCGGGUGGGCUGGGCUGGUCAGGUGGCGCGGCUCUUGGUAUAAAACUGGCGUCCCGUUACUGUCACGGAGGAAGAGGGAAGUUUGUUUGUCAAAUUAUUGGCGACGGUUGCUUUCUUUUUUCUAUCCCUGCCAGUGUGUAUUGGAUUGCACAGAGGUACGAGAUACCGGUGUUGACUAUAGUGCUAAAUAACAAUGGAUGGAAUGCGCCUCGUAAGUCUUUGCUUCUUGUUCAUCCUGACGGAUUGGGGUCCAAGGUCAGCAACGAAGAACUCAACAUCUCAUUCGCGCCGAACCCGGAUUACGGGAUUAUCGCAAAGGGUGCAUCGGGAGGGAAAUGCUGGACCGGACAAGCCAGUGAUGUGGAGGAACUUGCACGAAAGCUGCCGGAAGCUGUGGACACUGUAAAAAGCGGCCGUUCCGCCUUGCUGGACGCGCGCAUACGAUAGAAGAUGGGGUGUAUGAUGAUGCAGACGGAAUCUCCAAAUGUUUGCCUGACAUCUUCACUUGGAUGCGAAAUAGUCUUCUAAAAUUUGUAUACUUGAGCAUAUCCAUACCUAUAACG